AUGGGCACUAGUAGAAGCCAGAGGAGGAAGAAGCAGCAGCAGCGGCGCCAACAGCAACAGCUGCAACAGCAGCAACAGCAACAGACACCACCACAGGAUGUGGCAACACUGUCGGCAACAACUACACCACCGGUGCCACCACCACCACCACCACCACCACCACCGGCAACACUACCAAGUAGCGGUAAACCACCACCAUCCACCCCUGUCAAGUCACCAGUGGACCCCCCUUCAGUUCACCGGCUACAUGUGGUUCCCCCACCAUCCUAUCAACCCAGUGAACCAUCUGUUGUAUCCUCCAACCUUGCCAACCAUGAUACCACCAUGAUCAGCCAACAGCUUGCACAACUGGUGGAAGCAUUGCAACAACAGAAGGAGGAGACCAAGGAACGUCAGGCUGCUUUUGAGG